UUCACUUUUCCCAGUUUUUCCUUGAUUCCAAACAUGGCCAAACAAUACUGAAACCCACAAGGUACGGAAGCAAAAUCUUGGAAGACUUUCCGUGGACUCUACUCGUAUGCAAUGCCCCCUAGGGUUUCUAUUGGGAACAAAUAAUGGAAUGGAAUAAAAAAGAAUGUGGAGUUUUAACUUUGCUUCCCUGCUUGCAGCAUCAAGAUGAUGGAUGAAUGGCUUGUCUAGAAAUUCUUUUGGAGCAUGAUGGAGAGCACAUCUAGUCAAGCAAUUGAUUCAGAUGAAGGUGAUAGGUGCUUGCAAGUUGAAAGCUACAAUGAGCAUGAACUUGCUGAUGAUGAACCAUCAACAAAUGGAAAUUUACAUAUAGGUGGAGAGGACAAAACAUUAGCACAAUCAGUUGCAAGCCCACAUUCAAUUGGUAAUAAUGUAGAGCCAUAUGUUGGCAUGGAGUUCAAAUCAAGAGAAGAUGCUCGAGAAUUUUAUAUUGCUUAUGGCAGGCAUACAGGUUUUACUGUGCGCAUUCAUCAUAACCGCCGAUCACGAAUGAAUAACAAUGUUAUUGGUCAAGAUUUUGUUUGUUCAAGAGAAGGAUUUCGUGAAAAGAAAUAUAUAUACAGAAAAGAUAGGAUUCUUCCACCGCCGCCUGUCACCCGAGAAGGUUGUCCUGCAAUGUUGAGGGUAGCAAUAAGGGAUGGACCUAAGUGGGUUAUUACCAAAUUUGUUAAAGAGCACAACCACAAGUUAAUGUCUCCCAGUAAAGUUCCAUGGCGAGGAUCAGGAAAGAAUUUUGUCAGUGAGGAUGAGAAGGAUCAGAGAAUUCAAGAACUCACCCUUGAGCUUUAUAAUGAGAGACAAAAAUGCAAACGUCUGUGUGCAGCUUAUCAGGAACAAUUACGCCUGGUGUUGAAAGAUAUUGAGGAACACACAGAUCACUUAUCAAGAGGAGUUGAAGAUGCAGUUCAAAAGGUAAGAGAUCUUGAAAAUGAGCAUCUGCAUUAGUGAUGUUUGUACAUUUUUCUUUUUUCUUUUGGGCUUAUCUGAUGCUAACUUAACAUAUUUUAGUGGCAAUUAGUUCUUAUUACUCGGUGUACAUUUUUGUGAAAAAUUUGUGAAAAGGCCUGUAAAGUCAAUUUGUUGCAUAGGUAUAUUGUCAAUAGUUGUGAAUAACACUACAUGCGAAGAAGAAAUAAAAAUGUCAUAUAAAUAAGGGUAUUCUGGUUAUUU